CUCACCAAGAAUGGCAAACCUGAUCUUCUCAUGCUGUUCUGAGAACCUCUGAUAAGGACUUGCAAAUAGAUGCAGAGCUAGGGGAGUUCUUACUAAUUUUGUAUCAUUCUUCUCUUUUAAAAAUAUUUUCAGUUGUUAAAAGCUACAGCUAACAUUUGGUCUCUAUUGCUGUUACCCACAAUUAAAAUUAUCUUGUAAUUAGGAUCAUUUAAAAAUAACUUCUACAUGCCCGACCUGUUCUCUGUGUGACAGUAUUCAGCAACUGCUGAUACAUCUGUGGUUGAGUUCAGGGUUAUGACUUGGCUAUUCUGUGGGCAAUAUUAAUGUGGGUGGAAAUUACUUAGAAGGAUUCAUCUGUUUUAGGUAAGCAGUAUUGGAUUUUUGUUACUGUAAAGGCUGUGUUAGGAAGAACAAGUCGAUCAGUCAACAGAAUUCUAGGAAGCAUUCCUAGAAUUCCAUUCCUUUUUUGAUUUUAAAGGAAUGGUUAACCUUCAAGGUGAAGAGUAGGUUAUUUAUUUGUUUUUCUAGGUAAUUCUAAAUAAAAUAGAACAAGCAUUAAUUAAUUUUGAAAUAGCAUGGGUAUAGUGCUUUGAGAGGUGUGUGAAACUCCUAUUGUGAGCUGGAUUUGCCACUCACUUUUCAGCUGGACAGUGGCAUAUCUGGCUCCUUGAUGGAGAUCUUAGGCCUAUGAAGAUCUCUGAAGGUUCAGCACCUUCAUCUUUAUAUUAUGGUAUGGUCAUGAGUAUGAAAAGUUUAAUACACAAAAUCACAUCUUAACUUUAGGAUGUGGUCAACGAUCCAAGACUUUUCUUUUUAUUCUAUUAGAUUUGCCUGCCACAAACUGCUAUUUAUUUUACAGUUACUGAUUGCUUAAUAGAAGACUUUAUGUAUCUUAUUUCUCUAGUAACUACUAGUUUUGUCAUGAAAUGUUCCUGCAUAUUUUACUGCCUGUUUGGUUACAUAAGCAAAAAAAUUUGUUGAUUCAUAAAUAAAUGUUUCACUCUAGAGUAUAGAGUUAAUGCCUUAUCUGCACCUGGAUUAUAAUGUAUUGCUUGAAAAAUUAGUGCUCAGUGGAUUAUAAUAUACUGAUUGAAAAAUAUUUAUGCAUAACUUCUCUGUGUUCUGGAUAUCAGUUUGAAAUUGAGUGCUUCAAGACUUGUUCUAGUCACUAUCUCAAAAUCUCAAGAGAUAGGAAGGACUGUUUGGAUUUUCAACUCAGUAUUGGAACAUGAUUGGAACAUGGAUUUAAAAUUCCUAUAUCUGGUGUGCCUGUUUGUGUCCUCUCAAAGCUCACUAUGUUAAAGUAUAGGGGAGGAAACACCACAGCAAAACAAUGCGCUGCCAUGCUACUUGCUCAAACGAAAUUAGAUGCCAGACCCUUGGAAAGGCCCUGCACAACGGUACCAGUGCCUUAAGAUGACCCAUUAUUUGCGGUUUUUUGGAGCUUGUAUCCAUGAAAAAGCAGAAGAAUAGGCAUUGUAUCAAAAUCAAUAUUGACAGUGGGUCAACAGCAGAUGCUUGGACAAGAAUAAGUGAAAAAUGCUGCUGGAGUAUCACUGUGCUUGCUUACCAUUCUGUCUUUUGUGAUUUUGUGGUCUAGGAGCUUCUGAGUUAGAAAUCUCAUCUUUGAAUAUGGAGUUUGUCAUGGAUUUUCUGUCUUUAGUUUGCCCAGCUGCAUGAACUUCAUGAACUUUGCUUUCUUCUAUUUCAGUGUUCCUCAUACAAAAGCAGGGCUGCAUCUGUCCCAUGUAGACAAUUUCUGUAUCUGUAUUGGUAAAUGAAAAUACACCAGAAGUGCUCACAGAAUUGACUUAAUAUAAGAUGUGUGACAGAAUUACGUUGUGAUGAAUUUUUCACUUUUGUUCUGCAUCUCUCUCCUCAUGGUCUGUAUAAUUCAAUUUUACUUUCUUGUCAGCUCAGAGUCAAGAAGCUGUUACUCUUAUAGGCAGCUCUGUUGUAACCCAAUGUUCCCAUCCCAGUGUGCUGGUAGUCAGCUCUGGGUCUGUUGCUGUAUGUCUCAAUUUAAGACCCCUCAUCUGUGGAUGCUUUUAACCCUCAUCUGACUUCCAGGGACUGGUGCAAAUCUGUGAUUUGUUCAGAAGGAAAUCAGACCAGCUUCUAUGAGAGCAGGAUUCAGUCUUAGAAGGCAUCACUACUUUUCUGUUACUAAAGUGGGAGACUUUGAUAAGAUCUGGCGUGAGCACUGUGAGGAUGAGGAAACUCUGUGUGAAUAUGCUGUGGCAAUGAAAAACCUUGCAGAUAAUCACUGGGCAAAAACUUGUGAAGGGGAAGGCCGAAUUGAAUGGUGUUGCAGUGUAUGCCGAGAAUAUUUUCAGAAUGGUGGAAAAAGAAAAGCACUUGAGAAAGAUGAAAAAAGAGCACUUCUUGCUUCUAAAACCACUCCAGCUUUAAAUGUUCCUCAGACUCCCAAGAUUGAAGAUCCUUUGCCAAACUUUGGCUUGACAAAUCAUGAAGCUGUGACAGAAGAGUUCCUUCACUCCUUGGGAAAGAUCAGAUUACUUGAUGUUGGUAGCUGCUUUAAUCCAUUUCUGAAGUUUGAAGAAUUUCUGACAGUUGGCAUAGACAUUGUUCCAGCUGUUGAGAGCGUAUACAAAUGUGACUUCCUAAAUCUUCAAAUUCAGCAACCUCUUCAACUGGCACAAGAUGCUAUAGAUGCCUUUCUUAAGCAACUGAAAAACCCCAUUGAUUCUCUACCUGGAGAACUGUUCCAUGUUGUUGUUUUCUCGCUCCUUCUUUCUUACUUUCCAUCACCCUAUCAACGAUGGAUAUGCUGCAAGAAGGCACAUGAACUUCUCGUCUUAAAUGGCUUAUUGCUUGUAAUAACUCCUGAUUCAUCUCAUCAGAAUCGCCGGGCCAUGAUGAUGAAAAGCUGGAAAAUUGCCAUAGAAUCCUUGGGUUUUAAACGCUUCAAGUAUUCCAAGUUUUCUCACAUGCACCUGAUGGCAUUUAGGAAAACUUCCCUGCAAACAACAAGUGACUUAGUUAGCAGGAACUACCCAGGGAUGUUGUAUAUCCCACAGGAUUUCAACAGUAUAGAGGAUGAGGAGUAUUCCAGCACUGCCUGCUACGUUCGGUCAGACACAGAAGAUGAACAGCUAGCUUACGGUUUUAUGGAGCUGCCUGAUGCUCCCUAUGACUCAGACUCUGGAGAAAGCCAGUCUAGUUCUAUUCCUUUCUAUGAGCUAGAAGAUCCUAUAUUGCUUCUAAGUUAAUGUAUUCAUUGAAAUGCCCUUUCAGUCAAACCUCUUGCUUAACUAAUUUUGCUAUACUAACGUGGGCUCAACACAGAAAAAUGGUUUGCAUAAAGAAAAUGCAAAGGUUUACAGAGUUUGCUAUUUUUUUCUACUUUUGAAUUUUAAAAUUUAUUCUUGUAUGAAAGUGAAAAAAUACAAGUUUUAUGCCAAUGACUCAUGUCAUAGCAUAAAUUGCUGUUACUUUCUUUAGAUUUGUAUCACUGUUUUUUUUCCAGAAAGGUACCAUUCUUUUCUUUAGUGCUGUGAAGUGUGAAUUGUAUUUAAUUUGUUAAAUGUUGUUUCAGUAUUUUAACUCAAUGUGGUUGAGCUUAAGGCACUGGAGUUGGUGGGCUUCUGAGAAGUAUAUGUAGGAAGAAAUAAUUUGCACUUUAAUUAAAUGUGCAGAUAGGUUAAGACACUUGGUUGCAAAUGUCCUUUCUUAAUUAUGGAACAAAACAUUUUUUUCUUCCAAAAUUUGUUUCACUCUGGUUAAGCCUGGGCUGGAGAAACAAUAAUGCUUGCACAUUUGACUUUAUGUUUAUUGCAGCCCUUGUGACGUGACACCAAAACACUGGAAUAUAUUCAUCCAUAGUUCUACAUACUGUGUAAUUUCAUUGCAUAAAUAGCAAUUUCUGAAGAGGCUUUUCCCCCAGAGGAGUAUGGUACGUCUAGACAAUUAUGUUUCACUUCAAAGCUGGAAUAAGUUUUGCAGUUUUAUGAGUAUACAAGCACUAAUGUAUAUCAGUAUUUCCCCAACUAUGGUGUUCUGUAUUCUUUUCCAACUGUGUUUUUUGGGGGACAGAGUGGGUUUUGUCAUUUUUUAAACUAAAUUAUUUAUGCAUUUUAAAAAGAAACAGCUUUUUCAUGAAUUGUCCUUAUUUGUAGACCUAAGUUAGCCAGUGACUACAAACUGAUUUUGUAAGGAACAUAACUGUACAAGUUUUUCAAGGAUACAUAUAUUUGCAUAAAGCCAUGUAAUUCAGAGCACACACGUGAAUUUAACACAUGCUUUUUGUUUGCUUAUUAGGACCCAACCAACUUCUGUUCAGUUAAAUAAAAACUCCAUAGCUGACUGAAAACUGGUCUGCCCUGUAAAGAGAUUAAACAUCUAUUUUUACAUCUAUUAAGUUUUUAAUUUGUGUAAUGAAUCUGUGAGUUUUUGCAGGAAAAAUCAAUUCUGUUCAGUGGUUGAAAAAAGAUUCAUUAUUAGUUUAGCUUUGAUUUUCCUCCAUUUAAAAAUAAUGGCCAGAAUUUUCAGAUUUGGAUAUUAGGCUCUUAAAUCUAUAUCUAAGUGCCUGGUAGUAAAUUAUUAGUACUAGGUGCGAGAUCAUGAUUUAUUUUGGACUUCUGAAAAUUGAUAAAAAAAUACUAAUACAGUUUCACAGGCUGUUGUGAUGAAACAUCUUACAAGACUAAAUAUCUUACAUUAAACUGCCAUGUUGUAUUUAUAAUAUGAAAGUUGCUAGAUAAAUUGAAGUUGUAGUGUGGGUUUUACAGUGCUUGCUACAAAAAUGAAACUUACUCCUUUCAUUGAAGUUUUGCACUGAAUGUGUCACAGUUUGUCCUACCUGUUCUUCUUUUAUAGUAUUUCCUACAUAGAGUAAUCACAUUGGUCCAGCUUACACUCAGAUGUGAUCUGGACUGUGGUGCUGUAUUCUUUAAUAUAAGCUUUUUGUCUCUUCUUAACUUUAAAGCAUUCCCAAAUUCCCAAUCCAAAUUUAUUUUUCAGUCUGAAUGAUAGAGUUAUACAAACCAAACAAUUAUACUGUGAUGUGUAAAAAGAAGAAAAGAAUUAAGGUUAGACAUACAAGAGUCAUGGUGCACUUGCUAAUUUUUGUUACAGAGAAUACUUCUCUAAUGAAAUACACAAUGGCUUCAAAAUUGGCUUUUAGUCAGUAUUUUCAUUAAAAUGUUUGUCAUAGAAAGCCUUUCUUCCCAAUUAACCACUGGUUCCAGCAGUGCUCGUGUUAAAAUAUUGCUGCUGUAAAUUCAGCUGUUUAUGGGAGGUUAAUAAGUGCAUUCUUCAAAGUAUACGUAAUAUUUUAACUGAUACUCGAUUUAGAAACUAGUACACCAUCAAACAUAUGUUGGCAUUGAUUACUGUAAAUUGGUUUGUGAUUCAUACACCAAGAAGUGCAAUUCAGAUCAAGAUUUAUCCCCCAAAAUAACUUAAAUACUAAGGUUUAAUGUUUAAUCCUUUUUGGGAGGUUGGUGACAACACUGUGGUUUAGGGACCUGGGAUAACAACUUGGUUUUCUUGCUGAUCAUUCUGAAUGCCCAAAGUGGGUUUAUUGGUUAUUUGGUUUUGUGGGUUGGGUUUUUUGGUUUGUUUUUUUUUUUUUUUUUUCUUUUUUGGUUUGGUUUGUAUUGUUUUUUUCACAAGGGACAGUAGAUUGUGGUGAAGGAGGAAAGUGUGAUUUACAUAAAUACUUACAUUUCCCUUAAUAAUAAAGUGGUGAUAUCAGGAGCUGUUGUAUAUUUGGCUUUGGUGCAAGAAUACUAUUUCUGGGUUAUGAAAUAUUUGAAAAUUAUGACUGUGCAAGGUGCUGGAGAAGAAAAGGAAGAAAACAUGUGUUGGCAUCUCUGUUGUCUUUUAUGUCACUACUUUUGUGAACAAAGCACAUUUAUUAAAAAAAAAUUUGAAAACCCGAAA